AUGGACAAGAACAAGUCAUUAAUCCUUCUUAAUUAUUACACUGAGGUGGAGAGGGAAAUUCAGGGUCUUGACGCUACCUUCCUCGAUUUGCUGAAAACAAGCGAGGGCGACGUUCUUUCUAAAAUCAAGGCAAAAAUGAGAAGAAUGGAAGAAAGACAUUAUGUUGUUCUUGUAGCAGGGGAGACCAGUGCAGGCAAAAGCAGCAUGUUGAACCUAAUUCUUGGUGAAGAGCUUUUGCCAUUUUCAGUUCUAAGUACAACAUCUACAAUUUGUGAAUUGAAAUAUGAUAGAAAGAAAAGGAUAACGAUACACUAUAAAAAAGAAGGAAUGGCUCCGGAGAUAAAGAAUCUUACAGAAUCCUCGCCUUACAUAGAUCAAAUAUCAGAAUUUGUUCACGUCAAGUUAGAGACUCCGACGAUUAUGCUUCAAACCAUACUUUUAUCUGGUCAUCUUUAUCUUUUAUCUUGCACUGACCUGCAAGCGAGAAUCCCUAUGCUUGUUGAAGCCGAUGUAAAACUUUGUCAGCAACUUAUAGAGGAGGCGCAAAGCAAGAAGGAUUCUGAAGCUCGCUACAAGCCCUGUAGAGACAAAUGCAAGCGUUUGCGCGGUGAGCUCGCCUUGUUUGGUUCUACGGAAAUCCGGUGCAUGCGGCUCUCCUGGGAUGACCUUUCUUGGGAUGUCAGCGAGGAUGUUUACUUGAAGCAAACAAUGGAACCUGGGCUCUACCAAGGACACAUUUCCAAGGGAAGGUACUCAUCAAGAGGUCAAGUAACUUUUAAAGUGUACAGAGAACUGCUGACCAGGAGCAAUAUUAUUGAUUGCUUGGCAGACGAAGCAAUCUUGAGGAGGCUUUGCCAUCCUCACAUUGUCACGUUUUACGGUGCUGUUUUCAGAAAGGUUCCAAGAGGAUUAGAAGCAGCCUUUGUAUCUGAGUGUCCAGGAGUUGAUUUAAAGUACUAUCUGAUCGAUCAGCCCGGAAAUUGUCCUGCAAGGAAUCCCACAUCUACAGAGAAUGCGAUUCGCUGGGCAGACCAAGUCGUCGAAGCACUGAUGUCGAUUUACAGCAUAUUUGACGGAUGUGUUCACGGUGACCUUCGGUUAAAGAACGUUUUGCUUGACGGUUCCAAUCUCCGUGAUAUUAAGCUGAGCAACAUCUCCCUCAGGAGGCAGCUGACCAUUGAGCAUGGAUCAAACUGUGAUGCAUUUCUUCAUCUUCCGCCAGAAGCUGUGCGAAAUAGAAACUACAAUGCCUCUUCAGAGAUUUACUCCCUCGGGAUCUUGUUCUGGGAAAUGUGGUACGGCGAAGAAGCCUUUCACGAUCUAAAAGGUCAGAAGAUGGAAGUUUUUUUAUCAAGCGUAGAAGGAGGCCAUCGUCCCGAUCUAACAGGUAUCACAACUCAGACAUCAGUUAUGUGGACUGGCCUCGUUUCUGGAUGCUGGGAAAAGAUAGCCUCAGAGCGAAGUAGCCUCGCAGAUUGUAAGUCAACUAUCGGGGAAAUUUUAGCUAGUGCAAAAUAGAGCCUAUCCUGGAAAAUAGUAACAACAUGCUUCAACUUGAUGUAAAAUGAAAAAAACAGACUUUUAGAUAUAGAGGGCAUUGAAAGUAACUCGGAAUAUUAAGCUGGAUUAGCCUCAAACUCUGAAGUUAACUACACUGUGGAAGUUACAGUCCUAUCCUAUCUGUCAAAUCACAGACAUGAUCUUUUAAACUAAAACAGUCAAUAAAUGUUUGGUUUGGGGCCUUCCAUUUUUUCCCUUUCUCAUUUCAUUUUUGCUUUAAACCAGUUUCAAUUGCUUCUGUGAUCGGAAAUUUUUUUAGCACCAUGUUAGGCAAGUCCUUACAAUUAGUUGUUACUUUAUACCUCUCUUUCUAACUUGUCAGUUCCAUUAACCUUUCCACUACCUAUUUUUCAAGUUUCUGAUUAAAUGGAAGUCAGGAGUGGAAACUGUGGUACAGAGAAAGUUUUUCCUUACUGUCACGAAAGUCUCUUAUAAUGCAAUACUGAGGCCAUCCACACAUUUUUUUAUAACUGUUCCUUAAAAUUGCAAUUCUCUUUUUUUUGCUUUUGAUAGCUUUAAUCAGCCAGUCUUUAUUCAGUGAAUAUGAAUUUCAAUAAAACUUCGGGAACUUUUGAUCUUAUACGUGGGAUGCUAAUUAACUGCGUGUUUUAUAACUUUUUCCUGUAAUCACCUUGUGGUGAAGUGGUAGUACAUGCCUUUAUUUUCUUUAUUUCGCUAAAGGACGAUUUUCCGUUUUAAUAACGCACGCAAGUAUCCAAAGGAAUUUAAUUGCAAUCACUAUUAGGAUGACUAUAGACAAUUGGGACAUCUCACUUUUCAUUUCAUUUCUAUACAAGGUAGUUUAUCUUUUUACCACCGCAUCAGGGAGAAGCAUUUUUUCAUCCUUAUCAUCUGCUCUUAGUAAUUACUUUAGUUUAAUAAAAAUUUCCAAUGUGCAAGUUUGAAAAAUUUAGUUUUAAAUAAUUUACAAUGAUCAUGUAGUGAAAAUAAGCGAUACCAAUUGCAAUUUGUAUCUCUGCUUAUCACACUUUGUGGUUCUAGCUUUGAGAAUAGAUGAUAUAAAAUGAACUCUUGAGCUAUAAUGUGUAGACCACAAACAUAUUUCUUACGUAGCACAGAACAGUUAUGAGAAAUUUUGAACGCGUCUGAUGUCCAGAGAAGCUAAAUUAAAUUUAUUUGGUAAAUUAGUGUACGAAACGAUACAACGUUGUAGAAAAAAAGCCAAAAUACGGAAGGAGAUGGAAGAAAAAAGUAGAUUCACUUGUAAUUGUACACAUACUAGAGGUUGCGGCUUACUCAAAUCCUCAACAACUGCAAGGGUAACAUAGUGCGAGGUGACAAUAAUUCAAACUCCACUUGGUAGAUUUAAACUGAUUUAGUGACAGAUCACUCGGUAGCGUUUGACAUGAAGGGUCACGAAGAUAGCGAAGAUCUAAGAUCGUUGGGCUUAGUAGCAGUAGCAGUAGAAAAAAUAGUAAUAGGUUCGAACUGAAAUACGAUAAUUGAAAGAUAGAUUCUAACUAUCAAGAGACAUAGAACAACAAUAAACUAGCGAACUCCUAGCGUAAAAUUAAUAGACGUGAUAAUUUUCGUGUCAUAAAAAUUAUCAUCAAACGAAGGUACAAACAGCAGUAUCGUACUAAAAAAAAAGGUAGCUAAAUGAGCAUAAAAGGGUAACAAUUUGAAAAGAAAGAAGAACAAUUUGUAAAUGAGAUCUUUAGUCAACACUUAGUUGACUAAACGAGACGUUCUAUGACCGAAAAGGUUGAUGAUUCCUGUGACUUAAUUAAUAACAAAGACUAACGUACUUUGGUUGACGACGCACACCAAAAAAAAAUAGCAAGACACUUGAGAUAGGGUAGCUUGAAUCCUUUUGAUCCUGGCAAAGGUGCGGUGUGGCCUCACCUAACUUCCUUUUUUUUACUUACGGUUUGCUUCGCACUUUUAUAGGCUAUGAUACGUGAAGAAAGCUAAGGCGUUGCUAAAAGUAGCGUUUACAAUAAGAACUAUUUCCUGGGCAGCAAAGAUUCCAAAGUUAUGAUACAAUUCCAGGAUAUCGCGAUUUCUGCCGAAACCUUCAUUUAAGAUCACCUAGUCUACUACAAAAUAACAAUAUAAAUCGAAGGAAAGUUUGUAGGAAAUUAGUGUUAGGGGUGUUUAAAAACUAACAUCACUGAAUGGUCCAAACUGAACAUUGUUCACUGUCUAGGGCUUAACUUUUUCAGCGACGAACUUUAAAAUGAAAUCUAUUUUUGAAGAUUGUCAUAAAGGACAUGGUUGGUUUAUUAUUUUAUUUUAUUUUUCGCGUUUUCUAUGCAAACUCAAAGUCUUUUUUGUCUGUUUUUCCUAUUUGGAUAAAUACCUCAGCUGUAUUCUAUUGGUUAGCACACCCUUGACCGCAGUCACGUGAUUAUGCUUAUGUAUCAUUUUAUGUAAUUAAUUUAUCGUAUCCUAAUAAAGCAGUUGUG